AUGAGUCUCUGUGUACAGUUUUCUUAUAUGCAAGUAACACGUUCAUUUUUAUUUCUACACUUCAAUACAUUUGCUCUUUCUCUUUUUCUUUACUAUCUCUCUCUCUUUUUAAUAUCAUUGUUAUUCUCUCGUUUUCUUUCUCUAUCUAUGUUUAACAUCUCUCUCUCUCUUUUUCUCUUUAAUAUCUCUUUCUUUUUUUCUCUCUUUAAUAUCUUUCGCUUUUCUUUCUUUAACAUCUCUCUCUUUUCUCUUAAUUUUUUCUCGUUGGCAUCUUUGAUUCUCCUCCUCGCCUCUCUCUUUAUCUCUCAUCUCUUUUAUCUCGCUUUCGCCUUCAUUUUUCUCUCGUUAAAAUAUCUGCUCCUUCCCUUUUCUAGAAUUUCUUUUUUCUCUUUAGCACCUUUCGUUAAUAUUUCUUUCUUUCUCUUCAACAUCUUUAUUCCUCUCUCUCUCGCUCUCUCUCUAGCUCUCUCUCUCUCUCUCUGUUUCUCUUUUUAUCCGUCUGUUAUUUCCAAUCUUUCUCAAUUUAUGCGUCCAAUCGAUUUAAGUUUUCUUUCUUUAUUGUCUGUUUCAACAUAUAUCACAUUUGAAGAUGAUCCGUCUUUCAGCAAUCAUGCGUUUCUGUUCCGCCAUCUUUAUCUCUCUCUCCGAACGCUUGAUUUUUCGUUCGUUCAUUCUUUCCUAUUUAACUUCUUCAUUGUCUCAUUUUUUUCCGCUGUCGAAGAAUACAAAUCUACAUCGAUUACUAAAUAUAAGUACGAGUUUGAACUCGGUGAUGCGAAAUUGCAUUCCAAUUUAUUUCUGCCCUUCCCUGUCUCUCUCUCUCUUUAUCUAUCUAUCUAUCUAUCUAUCUAUCUAUCUAUCUAUCUAUCUAUCUAUCUAUCUAUCUGUGCAAACAAAUGCUUACAUAUAAAUGCCUUAUUUGAAAAUCUAGCGCGUCGUGAUGACAUAACGGAUGCUACUGAGGCCAGCCUUUCAGUCCGUUCAGCGGUACUUUCUGUGGAGAUGCGGGCAGCAGGGCGUGAGGCUAUCUGA